UGUAACAAUGCGGUCCUAAGUUCGGCACAAAUCUGUGCUUCGUUAAAACAAUUCGACCGCGUUUCGAUGUAAUGUGAAAGAAAAACCGGCGAAAAUCGUUUCCAAAUUGUGCGUGCCAUCAAAAAUCAAUCGAAAAUGAACGCGGCCCUUUUCGACGACUCGGGAACGGCGAUGGAAAACUUGUAUCCCGCUCUGACGGAAUGUUUUGCCGUGAUUAUUUGCGGUUACUUCGCUGGUCGAAUGAACAUGAUCUCGGAAACAGAAGCAAAAGGCAUAAACACAUUCGUCGGCACGUUCUCCCUUCCCUCCCUUAUCUUCAUGUCUUUGGCAAAAUUGGAACUAACAUCGGUCAAUUGGCUUUUUCUCCUCUCCAUACUUAUCUCCAAGAGCAUCGUAUUCGUGUCUGUGAUCGCCCUGACUUUACUGGUUGCCAGACCCUUCAACUUAAGCAGAGCUGGCAUAUUCGCCAUAUUUUGCACUCAAAGCAAUGAUUUUGCCAUAGGAAAUCCCAUUGUUGCUGCUCUUUAUAAAAACACCCAUCCUGAGUACGCCACUUAUUUGUAUUUGAUGGCACCAAUUUCCCUGGCCAUUUUGAAUCCAAUAUCGUUUAUCCUAAUGGAAAUUGGCAAAAGGCGUUCGUCUGAUGAUGCCGAACAGCUACUGAUGAACGACGGAGCAAUCACCAACGUGUCGCACCACAAAAGACGAUUAAAGGUUGUAGUAUCUGUGGCCAAAGGAAUAUUUUUGAAUCCCAUCAUUUUGAUGACCAUUUUGGGCAUUGUUGGGAAUGUUAUAUUCAAGCACAAAAUUCCUUGCUAUCUCGGCAGCAUUUUAGACGCUUUAGGUUCGGCUUUCUCCGCAAGUGCACUGUUUCUGUUAGGUUUAAGAAUGGUUGGCAAAGUACACAAGCUGCGAGGCGCUACUUUGGUAGUACCUGGUAUUUUAAUCAUGGUAAAACUAAUCGUCCUACCUUUAGUAACAAGGGAAGUCAUAAGCGUUGUAAAUCCUGGAGUCAACCAGUCAGAAACUCUAGACCUGAGCACGUACGGAUUUUUGUAUGGCACUUUCCCUAGUGCCCCAACAGUUUUCGUAUUUGCCACACAAUAUGCCAUAGAUGUAGAUUUGAUUGCAAGUGCUAUGGUGGCCUGCACUUUCAUCUCAGCACCACUCAUGUUCGUGUCAGCCAAAAUGAUCACCAUCACUAACUGUGAUCCGGCCGAUUACAUCAAGCAACUGGAUUCGUUCACUCUGGACAUCAGCAUCAUUGGAAUUAUAACUUGUUGCUGGGUCAUAUUGGUGUUUACGUUGACCAAGAAAAUAUGCAGAGUCCCCCACAAAAUCACGACGUGCUUGGUUGUCUCGCAGCUGGUUAGCUGUUUAGGGGCUGUCCUCUGGAAUACACUCAAUAAAAAGGAGAACUGGGCGGGGUACAUCCAGUUUUCCAUGUUUACUGUGGGCGUUUACAGCUCCAGACUCUGGACUGCCAUACUAGCUGUGACUUUACUGUUUUUGCAGUGCAGGAGUCUGUGUUUCGUGCUCAAGUUGCAACCUUUAUUCUUCAUUAUUGGUUGGGGCUUCCCCAUACUGGUGUCAAUACUUCUAUUGAUCUUUGACAAGAUGACCACUGUACCUUUCGACAAAAGGAACCCCAAUUUCGUGUACGGAGUUUCUCAAGCCAUAAUUGCUGUAUCUUUACUGGUGCUGUGCUUCAUAGUUACUGUUGGUUGUUUGGUGCUCCACCAAAGGUUCAGAAGACGCUUCUCAAGAUACUUGGACUUGACCAACGAAGUGAACGACGUAAUUGAAAACCAAAAUAGCCCUGAAAUUGAAACUGCAAACGUAACAAGCGCACCUCAACCUUCAUCCAGCAACGGACACACCUGUGGUUUGCCCACCAUUAACGAGACUUGCUGUGAGGAAAGUCCAGUCGUCGACAUAGAAGACAUUUUAGGCAAGGCACCGCCUACGAUUGUCCUACAAACUGAUGAGGGGUACGUUAGUCCAUCACAAGAAGGUUUGUGCCCCACAAGAUUUGGAUGUCAAGGGCCGAAACGCCAACAGUGCAGUGGAAUAGUAAGACAGUACCAACAGCAAAUUGAUGAAGACUUGAUGUUGAUUGAAGAAGAACCAGAAUCUCACGAGCCUCAAAUACUACGACACACUGUACUGUUGAUACUUUUGCUUUGUUCCAUGUUUGUUGGUUUGGCUCUAUCCAUAUGGACUUUGGUUAUGGAGCAAAUGUCCGGCAUUUACAUAGAACUGUCGUUCUUGGACGCCACCCUAAACUUCGGUCAAAGCAUAAUGGCGUUUGCCAUCUUCGGCUUGGACACCAAAGAAAUCGUCUUGCCCAUCAUGAAGUGGUGGCGCAAAGUCUGGUACGGCGCCACAACUUUAAUCCUACCCACUUGGGAGGAACUAACGCCGGAAACGAAACACGUGUGCGACCAAUUCGUGACCCACCACCUGCAAAACUGCAAAUCGUCCAUCGCCUCAGACAAAAGAUGGAGAUUGAAGACCUACAAGAACGUGUUUGCCGGAAACAAGUUCGUGGAUUGGCUCAUUGAAGUCGGAUUGGCCAGAGACAGGGUGCAGGCCGUGAAUUACGCCAGACAUUUGGUGGAAGGGAAAGUCCUAAGGCACAUCAACAGUGUCUAUCACUUUUACGAUAGACAGCUACUUUACACCUUCGUUUAAGCACGUUAACUUCUCUUACGUAAUUCUGAAGCGAGGCCAAAGUUUAUUCAAUUCGUUGUGCUUCGGGAUUACAGGCACAAACGCAGGGUGUUAAGCCCCCCUGAGCAGUAUCAGUAUUUUUUUUGGUUACCGUGUUUAGUACAAUUUUAUUUUCGUAUUAAGACAAAUAAUUCGAAUUCAUGUGAAUUGUGCAAAACAGCAGUCGAGAUAUGCGACAACUUAGAGGUUUUAUUUUAGGGGUUUUACAAUGUGAUGAGGUUGUUCUUGUCGCUGUUUUGUACAGGUUGAAACUUUGCUGUGAUGUUAUUACAAAGAAUCUGUUAUUGUGUUGUUAUAUAUGAAUAUAUGUAUAUAUUUGCAGCCAUUCUAUACAUAUAUUGAUUGAAAGUAUAUGGUCUGAAAUAGACAAUAUGGGUGUAAUUUAUUUAAAUGAAAAUAUAUACUUCACUGAAAA